ACAAAGGCAACUCUCUUAUUUCUGGAAUCAAACCCCUUUCUGAAGAUCAAUCAUAUAAAUCUGUGAUUGAAGUUUCUCUGAUGAUUUGAUUUUGCUCGUGAAACGAAAAGACGAUUUUUUAAAGAUUUUUUGGUUUACAGCUUCAAAUUUCGAAACGUAAUUCCCAAUUUGAUUUUGAAAGAACACCAAAACACCAACCCUACAAAUACACACAUUACACCAACGGAAAUUUCCAAGCUUUUCAAAUCCUCACCGUCAAUCUAAAUCGCCGAUUGAUAUAUGGGUGAUUAAAGGCUUCUCAUACUCCUAAAAACAUGACUACUCAGAAUUCAUCUGGAAGGAGAAGUAUUUCUAGUGUGAGACGGGGAACAUCAGCUUCCAAGAAACCUGUUCUCCAAUCCGAGGAGAGUGGAAGCAGUAGCCUGAACGAGAACAUAUCCAAACCGGAUUCACCUCUUGCUCAACCGGUUCCUAAUGGCGAGAGAACAGUCAAGAAGCUACGGUUAUCUAAAGCUCUCACUAUCCCUGAGGGAACCACUGUCUUUGACGCUUGUAGAAGGAUGGCUUCUCGGCGUGUUGAUGCUGUUCUGUUAACCGAUUCAAGCGCUCUUCUUUCAGGGAUUGUCACCGACAAGGACAUAGCCACGAGGGUGAUCGCAGAAGGGUUGAGACCAGAACACACCAUGGUGUCGAAAGUCAUGACAAGGAAUCCGAUUUUUGUCACCUCGGAUUCACUUGCCAUCGAGGCUCUUGAGAAGAUGGUUCAAGGGAAAUUCAGGCACUUGCCAGUUGUGGAGAACGGUGAAGUCAUUGCAUUGUUGGAUAUCACAAAAUGCCUCUACGAUGCGAUUUCUCGGAUGGAGAAAGCCACAGAGCAAGGAAGUGCUUUAGCUACUGCAGUGGAAGGCGUUGAACGUCAAUGGGGAAGCGGGAACUCUGCUCCUUAUCCUUUCAUCGAAACAUUGAGAGACCGUAUGUUCAAGCCUGCAUUGUCAACAAUAAUCACAGAGAACUCAAAGGUUGCACUCGUGUCACCAUCAGAUCCUGUCUUCGUAGCUUCCAAAAGAAUGAGAGAUUUGCGGGUUAACUCUGUGAUCAUCGCUGUUGGGAACAAAAUCCAGGGGAUUCUAACAUCAAAAGACAUUCUCAUGAGAGUUGUGGCUCAGAAUCUGUCUCCUGAACUGACUCUUGUUGAGAAAGUAAUGACACCAAACCCGGAAUGUGCAUCAAUGGAGACAACCAUCCUCGACGCCUUGCAUAUAAUGCACGACGGGAAGUUUCUGCACCUUCCGGUUUUAGACAAAGACGGAUUUGCAGCAGCUUGUGUUGACGUGCUGCAGAUAACUCACGCGGCUCUCUCAACGUUUGAGAACAGCUCAGGAGCUGUUAACGAUAUGGCGAAUACGAUGAUGCAGAAGUUCUGGGACUCAGCUCUCACGUUAGAUCCACCAGAGGAUUACGAAACACACAGCGAGAUGUCAACAAUGUUGAUAAACUCAGACGGAGCAGAUACAGGGAAGCAGUCUUGUCAAUCUCAAGGACUCUUGAGCUCGUUUGCUUUCAAGUUCCAAGAUCGUAAAGGGAGGGUACAUCGGUUUAACUCGACGGGUGAGAGUUUUGAAGAGCUAAUGUGUGUUGUGAUGCAAAGAUGUGAAGUGGAUUCUGGCCUGCAGAUUAUGUACCAAGAUGAUGAAGGUGACAAGGUUUUGAUAAGUAGGGACAGUGAUCUUGUUGCUGCUGUUGCUUUUGCUAGGUCUUUGGGGCAAAAGGUUUUGAGACUGCAUCUUGAUUUUACGGAGACAAUGUGUCUUGAGACGAUUGCAGAUUUGUCUGAGGGAAGUUGCGGUGGAGGCGGUGGUUGGGAUUGGUGGCGGACUGGCGUUGUGACCGGGGCUAUUGUCUUGACGAGCAUAGGUUUACUUGUUUACUUGAAACGUUCCAAGAAAUAAAUAUGUUGAAAUCGAAACUGUGCUUCUUGUCUUCUUUUUUUAACAGUGUAAAGCAAUAAUAAAAGAUAACCUGUUCCUAA